AUGUUCCACUACUUGGGGGCACAGCACCGUGCGAAUCUUGCGCAAUACAAGUAUGCUAGUGGCGGAUCAUCAAUAGUGUCAACAUAUGUACUUGGACCGUAUUGGAAUUGGCUUGUCACGCUUGUUCCUUUGUCUGUCGCGCCCAACACACUCACACUUUGUGGCCUGCUCCUUGUGGUCGCAAAUCUUGGUACUAUGAUGUAUUUGGACGGCGAUAUGGAACUUGCUACACGUGUGCGGAUGAAUGUGAUGCAAAAUGAUGGUGCAGUACCAAAGGUACCGAUUCUACCUAAUGGUGGUAUGCCAGAGCGCCUGCUCCAGCAAGGGCUUGAGCCGUCGACGACGUCGGGUGUGCCGUCGUGGAUGCUGCUUGUCUGGGCUAUCUGUCUCUUUAUGUAUCAGAGCUUUGAUGCUAUUGAUGGCAAGCAAGCGAGGCGUACAGGCAUGUCUGGUCCCCUUGGCGAGCUGUUCGAUCAUGGUUGUGACGCGCUGAACACGACCUUGGAGGUGAUUCUUGCAUCGACAGCGUGCGGGUACGGCCGCUCAUACUGGACGCUUGUUAGCAUGGUGUCGUCGCUCGCGAGCUUUUUCCUAACGACAUGGGAAGAGUACCACACGCACGUGCUAUUCUUGUCACAGUUCUCUGGACCUGUGGAAGGCAUUCUUCUUCUUUGUGUGCUAUACACGGCUAUGGCUCUUGGUGGUCCUAUGAUAGUGGUGCGCGGUCUUCUCGAUCUUUUCCACGUCGCUGAGAAUGAUUGGGUCCGCACACAUCUCGCCUGGGCGAACUUCCCCCUCGGCGACGUGCUUAUGUCGCUCGCGAGUUUGGGCCUCUCUGUCAAUGCUUGGCAGGCUUACCAAAAUGUACGUGUGCAGUGCGAGCGAGAGCAGCGGUCUGCCUUAAUGCCAUUGGUGGGUCUCAUGCCUUUUGUGGUGCAGGUGUGUGCCCAUAUCGCUUGGGCGCUUGGGAAUGACGCGCGCAUCAUGGUGGAGGGCUCUCUUUUUGUACCGUUCCUUCUGAGCUGGGGCCUAAGCUUUGCCUACCUGGUGGGACUUGUGAUCCUUGCGCACGUGUGCAAGAGGGCAUACCCGUACUGGAAUGCACUCCUUGUUCCUAGCAUUGUGUUGGCAGUCGAUGCACAUUUGCCGCAGCCCAUACUGCAGACGUCUGUGGCUGCAACGCAGCAACUUGUGUAUGGCGUAGUAGGCAUCUGUGCUGUUUUGUACGCAUACUUUGUGUACGAUGUCAUCUUGACCAUAACACAGGUCACAGGAAAGCCAUGCUUCCGUGUUCCCGAGAAGCCACACAAGCUUUAA